UAAUUAGAUUACUAGAAACUUUAGGGAGAUGGAGGAGGAGGACGAAGUACUGUACACUUUGACCUGGAAACUGACACCAGUAAAGCGAACACAUCUCCUUGUUCCCUGAGCAUUUUCAGUUCUGGAUCAUGUCCAAAAGUCCUGUUGUUGUUGUUUUUUCCCUCUCAUGUCAGACUCCCCAGACUGGCUCUCUACCCAAAGCCAAGAAGAAGAAACAAAAUGACACCAAUAAAAGGUGCCGUAAAGAGCUAGAGGAGGGGCUUAGCAAUCUGCAGGUCGUCAUGAACCUCCAGGCAGAGCUCGAACAGGAGACGUUGCUGAGAAAGAAGAUCGAGGAGAAGAGUGAUGAUGUGAGGAAGAUGGAGGAGGCAGAACAGCUGAGUUUAAGACUCUGGGGUGAAGAUCACUAUGCAAAAAUAAGGCAUCUUCAGGAAAAGUUAAGGGGGGAGCCAGAAGUGGUGGAACAUCUCACGCAGACUUCGUGUAACUACGGGCUGGUGGCUGUAAAAAAAGAACCGGCACGAAAUCUCAAAUCCGUCCUCGCUGAGCUGCAGGGACGAGACCUGACCUCAGAAGUACAGAGUACCACACAGGAUGUCCUCAAGACCGAGCUUCAGGAGCAAGAUAACCUGAAGCUUAGACAGGACAUCGAGAAGCUGGAGGAGUUUUGUGGGAAACUCCGGACUGAGCUCCAGCAGGUCCACUGUAACCUUCACUUUUAUAUCAGAAAAUAUGAUGAGAUGAAGGUGCGCCACAGAGAGAAACUUGCCGAAGCUAAGCAGGUGUAUCUGCGAGAGAUGGCGUGGCGUGAUCAGAAGAUCGAGGAGCAGGAGUGGGAGCUGGACAUCCUCACAAAGCGACUUAAGAAGGAGAGUGACAUGGUAAAGAUGGUGAUGGCUGAGAACGAAGCGUUGCUCCUGACCAAGAAGACGCUGCUAUGUCAGCUGCAUGAAGCUGAACAGAAUAGAAAAAAUGCAGCAGACAAAAUUUACACUCUGCAGCUAAGAGUAGAUUUCCUGGAGAAAGACAGCGUGCAGCAGUGGGAGAUGAACAUGGAGAAGUCCACGCGGAUUGCUAAACUUGAGAGACGGCUGUGGGAUGUCGAAUCUUUCAAAAGCUCUCAGUACUUGAGGAAACAUCAUGGGAGUCACAUCAUUGAAGGGACAAAGGAAGCAAGACUGAGUGAAAGGGGACCUGAAGAGGCCGUCAUCCAGAAGACAAAAGAUGGAAGUGUGGAGAAACUCGCACUCUGUGCUAGUCAGGGUCUGAGCGGCGGUUCAGAGAUUGGCUACAUGAACAUCUUAACACACAACCUGGGGUGACCUGGUGCUGUAACUGGACUUCAUCAUCAAGUUUAAAGCAUGCCACAAGGCCUGAAAGUGCUGCGAGAACCGUCUUUGGAUGUCCCUACCCUUUGCUCACGCCACUCUCUCUAAAACGCCGUGCUGAGGUAGAGAGAGUAAGUGAUGGUGCGGAUUAAAAACAACAACCCCUUCAGCGUGAGGUGUUAUUACGCAGUCUAAAAGGUUUUAGAACAUAUCCCCAGGAAACCAUGGAAUGAUGAAGUGAGCGAACAGACGCGGCACCAGAACAAGCUGAUCCGAGGAGGACUGACCGGGUUCAGAUGAGCGAGAUGCGGAUGGGGAUGCUGGGAGACUCAUUCCGGGGCGGCGAAUGCUGAGUCACCAGGUGCUCCACUACUGUGUGUUUGGACAUGUGCUUCAUCAGAUAGGUCUCCUGGGGGCGGGGGGACAAAAUGUGUAGUGAGGAGGCAGUUAGUAAGCAUGCUAAAUUCUCUGGCUUGUAUUACAGCAACUAGAAGAGCUAUGAAGUCUUGAACAAAAGCACAGCCUUAUGUUAGAUCAUUUAAUAUCAGGUACGAAGAGCACUGUUUUUUAAAGACUAGUCAUUUUAAAUUAUUGAUGUUAAUUGUAUAUACACUGUCCACUUUAAUAGGAAUACUUAAGCUUGUGCGAUUAUCUAAUCAGGAAAUUCUGCAGCUACAGGUCAAGAAGGUCAACAUUCGAUCCCUGUGUAAGUUUAACCACAGCUUUGGUCGAUGGUACCAGAUGUGUUCGUUUAAGCCAAAGAGACUAUUUAAUUUUCAGAUGUCCAGUAAGUCUAUGUCCAUGAUAGCCUCAGAUUCCUGUCCUUUGCUGACAGGAUCAUGUUUUUAGACUGUGUAAAUCCCAAGAAGAAAAUUCAAUUUAAUUAAAUUUUAUUUAUAUAAUAUUUUCAACAUAUUCACUGUCGCAAAGCAGAUUUACAGAAUCAAAAAGAAAAUUAGGGAAAUUAGUAUGUGUGAAAAAAUAUGUAUAAAUCAUACUGUAAUUAUCAGAUGAGAGAGCCGAAGGUGAUGGUGGCAAGAAAAAACUCUGAGAUAGCAGUAGGAAGAAACCUAACUCAACAGGGUUCAUUUGGGUGAUAUCAGUUAGAAACCAGCCCAUCUGGCACCAACAACCACACCAGGGUUAAAGUCACAGAUUCCAAAACCAAAGGGGGGGAAAAAAAGAGGGUUUGAAGAACAUUAAGUAAAGCGCUUAAACUCUAGCUGCAUGAGUGUGCAAGUGUUCCUGAUAAAGUGGACAGUAUAUACAGUAUAUAUAUAUAUAUA